AAAUUCUCACUCUCCAACGUAUCUUGAGAUUUCUGUAUAUUUAAAUCUUGAUAGGAUCCAACGACCAACACCAUGGUAUCUUGAGACUUAGGUGAACAGAAUAACACUCAUCGUCUGUGUAUCGCUAUUUGCCUAAGAAACAUUCAGAAAUGAGGGUUAUUUAUUUCCUCACGAGGAGAUUCGGAAUCUUCUCAGUUCCACAUUCAGAAAACAUCUUCUCUCAACUAUGCAGCCGUUAUCACUUUUGUCUUUCUUACCCCAAAUUGCACAAAAUACAGCUGUUAUUCUCCCCACUGCAUGUCUCUCUGUUUUACUUGGCCCGUACAACGUAUAAAUAUGGAGUUCAAAAUACAAUUUCUUCCUGUCUCCCCAAUGUCUUUUGAUUUCCUUCUACACCCACCAUAGUAUUUAACUACAUUGAGCUCUUCUUGUACUUGAUCCGUAAUCCAUGUCCAGGAAAAUACAAAGGUCAGUUUGGAGAGAUGGAGGACACAGAUUUAGGAAAAGCCCACGAAUCUCAGCCCUGGAUGCAUGGAAAUACUCUGAGGAGGAGGAGGAGGAGGAGGACCACCACCACCAGAGGCCACCCUCUGGGGCCAAGAGAAAACUCCAUGAACGUAGUACAGAGCGCCAAAAUCACGAAGGUCUUUCAACCAACAGCAAAGAGCCAUUGGUUGCAAAGGGUAAAGAAAGCACAAAAUUUGAUGAUCAUGCUACCUCCGCAGGUCAAUCAUCAGCUAUAUCACCUGUUUCUUUUAUGCCAGAAAAACGCAUCCUUGAGCUUGUUGUCGACAUAUUGCAAAGGCGAGACACAUAUGAAAUAUUUGGCGAACCAGUUGACCCAAAAGAGGUCGAGGACUACUACGAAAUCAUUGAAGAGCCCAUGGAUUUUGGCACCAUGAGGGCUAAACUGCAUGAAGGAUUGUAUAAAACUCUUGAGCAAUUUGAGCACGAUGCAUUUCUAAUACCAAGAAAUGCGAUGCAUUUUAACUCCACGGCUACUAUAUAUUUCAGACAGGCUCGUGCCACAUAUGAGCUAGCUAAGAAGGUUUUUCAUGUUUUGAAAACUGCUCCUGAAAAGUUGGAACUGGAGUUCCCAGUGACAAGACGGAGAUCAUGUAGGAGGCCCAAGGGAGGAGGCAAGAGUUUGAAUUUUAACUCAUGUCGUAGAGUAACAACAAAUUUCCGAACAAAGUCUUCUUCAAGCGGUCCAUCAAAUCUCGGGAAAAGUAUCUGGGGAAACCCUGGGUUCACUUCUACAUCCAACAAGAGAGACAAUGAUUUUUCCCCUGGUGUUAGAGAUGGUCGAAGAUCAAAUAUUGUUGAAGCGGAUCGGCGUUCCAUGUAUAGACCAUUGAUGUCGUUCCAAAAUGAAAAUGAUUCUAUUGUCUCAACAGUUUGUAGUGAACCAAAGUUACUAGCACAGGCAAAUCAAAGGGAUAUUAGCUACCAGGAAAGCUUGAUGUUGUUUGCUAAAGAUUUAGGACCAACAGCCCAAAUGAUUGCCAACCGGAAGUUAAAAGGAUGGAGUAAAGAUUCUCCCAUUUUCCUCGCUCCACCAUCAAAUAGCAGGGACCAAACUUCGACGUGUCCAUUUCCUGCUGCAUUUGUUUCUGCCCAAAAGGGUCCUGCUACUCUGGAUACGCCAAUCACUAAUCCAUCUCAUGAAUUCUUUGAUUCCCUUCACGAGCGUUGUUCUGAACUUGAAACUACUCCUGACAUAAUUGAUUUGACUAGUGUUGAUGAUGGAGAAAAGGCUAACACAAACAAUGCUAUCAUGGGACAUUGUGCUACCAACAAGAAGAGAGCCAGAAUGGGUAAUCAUAGUGCACUGAUGUGCAAAGUUGCUACCAACAAUACAGGAGACACGUGUAAUCAGAGUUCUUUAUUGGGAAAAGUUGGUUUCAACAUUGAGGAUUCAACUAGACUUAAAUGUGAUUGGAUGAAAAGUUUUAGCAUUUCAGACAGCGACAACAAGAUUCAUGAGAAGGAGAUCAAUAAGAUUCACCAGAGCUUGUUUACUUCCACUUCUGGAGCUGAAGAAUUUAGUUCCUCAACUACUGGGAUCCAUGACGCCAGCAAGAAGUCCAUAGCAUUAACAUUGGACUCUGGAAAAAUGGAUGACCUAAAGCAGCAAGCGACUUUAGCUUCGUAUCAUUCACACUCAAGUGAGUCUGAAUUCAAGUUGAUAAACAGUACCAGUUCCACAACAUAUUCGUGGCCUUGGCAUCGUGGGGGUGAUUCAGAGCAUGAACCCCUUGCUGCAGUGAAACAUAAAGGUGGUACGGAUAGCUCUAGCUCCUAUCAAGCCAGCUACUCUGUAGAAUCAAAUCAACUCAUGCCAUUAGCCUCCCCAUUUGCUUUUGAUCUGCCAUUCUUGAAAUCACGACUUAGUCAAAUGAACAGCCAGAAUGGUUUCUUGCAACCCAAAUUCCAACAGGUUACUGAUAAAGGGGGACAAUCAUCUGGCCAAAUGAGUAACAAGAACACUUCUGAGUGUACCCGGAAAGCAGUACUGAGCACUCAGCCGUCUCAACUGGCUUCUUAUAACCAACAUUGUUCUGUGUGGGAUACUAAUUUGGCUUUGAGGCUGUAAGGAAUUUCAGAAUAGAACUCAAACUCUAGUCCAUGGCCGAAACUGUUGAAAAAUCUUCUGUGUGGUUCUCUCAUCUCUGUGAUCUUGGUCACAGUUUCAAACGUGAACGUGGCUUUCCUCGAGCUGUGAAAGGUUUCAUAGAACUUUUUCUGUUUGCGAGAUAUAAUUUCUCUUUCUGCAACCCUGACGAAUAUUGUUCCAACGCAACUGACAUUGAUCUGAACUCAAUAACAGUGCUUCUAGGACAACCAGAAUAAAGCUGAAAUUGCCACAAUUAAGUCAGAUAUCUUUCAUGACAGAGAAUCAGCUUUGCUAGGAAAAAAAAUAUGCUGCACGUGUCCAUGAGAAGAGGUAAAGGUUGACAAUUAAAAUGAAAGGAAAAUAGAAUAAUGCGAAAGUUGUGCUAGUUUGCAGUUGAUGGUUUAAUGAGAAGUUGUUGGAUAGUUGUAAAGAAGGGGAUUAAAGAGGAUCCCAAAAUCAUGCUUUAUACUGUAUUAUCCCGAGUAUUGCUAGAAUGUAGUUUAAUGCCUAAAAGUCAUGAAACUAGGACUUCUUAAUUGACAAAUAAGGUGAUCAAAACUUAAAACACCCCCUCUUCUCCCACUAAUGCCGUUCUCUCUCUCCACGUUAAAGAAAAUAACUCAUUCUCUCUCUCAGAUGCCUAUCCUCUCUCUCUCUCUUGCCUGUUCAUCUUCAGACUCCAUUAAUCUCAGUCUCAACCCUCACCUCGAUCUGUUCUCUCCCUCCCUCACGCCUGUCAUUGUCGCCUGUUCCCUCACGCCGUCGAGCCUCACCGUCGCCAUCUGCCGCCGCCGUCCGACGAGGUAUUUGCUUCUCCGACGAGGGCUUCCUUCUUUGUACUCGCCCUCCCAUGCCUCGUUCACGUCGCUGCCCCGCCGAACAACUUCUCGGUCUUGCCUUUGUCCGCCGGAGUUAGGGACCUUCUUCUCUGGAAAAAAAAAAAGGGUUCCGAUGAGCCUUUCCGGUGGUCAUGAAAUCAAUCUUAGAGAAUCAGUCUCGGAUUUGUGUAGCAAUUUCUUGAAGGAAAAAGAAUUACUUUAGUUUUUUUUUCCUGAAUUAGAAAUGUUUGUUAAUCAUUUGUGUUUGUAUUUAGUUGAUAUUGAUGCAUAGUGAAUUUUUAUAGGGUGUUUUCGGUGAAUUUGUUUCUGCUAGCUUUUGGAUUCAUGAGAUGGAUGCAUAUGGACACCAAGUGUUUGAUGUAAUUCCCCAAAGGUGUUUAUGCUGUUAGGGUCUUUGUGGGUUGGAUAAAUUGGCAACAGAAACAGUGUUAGGGUAGUCGUGGCAGUGGCGCGCGGUGGUUGUGGCGGUGGAGGUUGUUGGUCAGUUGGCUGAGGACUAAGGAGUGGGUGGUCUUGUUAAUUAUUUCAUUUGAUACUACGAGAGUGAAACUGUUUGUGGGAGGGAAACAAUAGAAAAUAAUUGGGAGUAUGCCGCUAUUUGUUGUUGGAAUUUGGAUGAGUUUGGCGGCUGUUCACAUUUCCUACUAUGGGUGAUAAAUGAGCAAGUAAUAAUU